AUGGAACAUACUCCAGCUCCAUAUGGACCAAGAUCUGUUUAUGGAUAUGUUUUAUACAUAAGUUCAAAUAUGUUAUUUCUUUUAUUUCUGAUAUGGGCAGUAAUACCAGAUCAAAUUUUAUAUGAGUUAGGAUUAACAUAUUGGCCUUCUAAAUAUUGGGCUAUAGCAAUUCCAAUUUGGGCUUUAACUGCCCUUGCAAUAUUUGCAUUUAUUAUUUAUCCAGCUAUAAACUUGUCUAUGACACCAGAUAUUAAUGAUAUUACAACUAUUACAGAUAAAUAUUCAUGUCAAAAAAAAGAAACUAUUCCAGGUGGUAUACCACCUGUGUAUGAUAUUCCAAUAACAAAAGUUUGUAGGAAAUUGUAUUUAUCAAAAAAAAAGUAACAAUAAAUUAACAAUAAAUGAUAUUAAAAA